AUGCCAGACACCCUAGCGCCUCCGAGAAGACGGCAAAGGGCUGCAGAGUCCGAUUCUGAUGACGAUGAAGCGUCCAGCGGGGGCCGAGAUGGGACCCCGUUCUCGCAUGCAUCUAACGGCAGCAAACGCGUUAGACUAAGUACUGGAAGAAAUGACCGUGAGAGCGAAGCAAGUGAGGAAUCUUCGUCUGAGGAAGAUUACAGUGAUGAGGUCCGUAAGGAUGAGACGCUGGUAACAAGAGCUUUGAGAGACACCUCUGAAAAUGCGGCAUCUUCGAGUAAUGGGCAUCAUGGAGGUUCCCGUAACCAGGGCGUGGGAAAUGCUGCAGGGAAAGGCCUUGAGCAUCUCCCUGGGUCAAUUGUGAGAGUAAAAUUAACGAAUUUCGUGACUUAUACCUCUGCCGAAUGUCAUCCGGGACCGAGACUAAACAUGGUGAUUGGACCUAAUGGAACUGGAAAAAGUACCUUUGUCUGCGCCAUAUGCCUUGGACUCGGAUGGGGGCCAUCGUAUCUUGGUCGAGCUAAAGAUGUAGCUGAAUUCGUGAAACAUGGCGCCGACGAAGCUACCAUUGAGAUUGAGCUUAAAGCCAGAGCAGAUAUGGAUCAAAACCCGAUAAUUUGCAGAACGAUUAAGCGUGAAGGCAAUAAAAGCACAUUCUCGAUAAAUGGAAAGCCUGUUAGGCAAAAUGUUGUGUUAUCGCUUGCAAAGUCGUUCUCAAUCCAAAUUGACAAUCUUUGUCAAUUUCUUCCACAGGAUAAAGUGAGCGAAUUCGCUGCCUUAUCCCCCAUUGAUCUGUUGCAUUCUACCCAACGAGCAGCCGCCGGGCCUGAAAUGGUGAAAUGGCAUGAUGGCCUGAAAGAAUUACGGACAGGGCAGAAAGAGAUCUUGGAAGAGAGCAAGAACCAGAGAGAACAUUUGGCAAGCCUGGAAAAGCGCCAACAAAUGCAACGCGAGGAUGUGGAACGAAUGAAACAACGAGAGGAAAUUAAAAAGCGGCUGAAAUUCCUGGAAAUGUCAAGACCUCUGCCCCGAUUUAACUCAUGCAAGAAAGAAACCAGCGAAGUAUUGGAACAGAAACAGAGGCUAUUGCGGGAACAACAAGAGCUGGAAAGGAAACUGGAACCGGCACUGAGAGCUGUCAACUCGAAACGGGCCUAUUAUUCUAAAAUAGAAGCUGUGCUCAAACAGAAGAGAGUCCUUUCGCAAAGGGGGGAAGAGGCUGCAACCGCCAUCUCGGAGAAACUGGUCAAAAUUGAUGACAAGAUAAAGGAUCUGAGCAAUCAGAUCGAGGCAGAAAAGCAGAACGGUGGUAGGCAGGUGGAGGAAUGCAAGAGAGUCCAACAAAGUAUCAACAGGCUCCAGCGUCAAAUGGAAGAAGAGGCCGUUGAGUUUGAUGGCGCUGCAUACAGCGAGAAAAUACGUGAUUGUGUUCGGCGUAUACGUGAAGUAGAAGAAAAGGCGAGAGAAAUCCAAGCUAGAAAGUCAGACACUGUGCGCAAGGUGGAGACCCAUAAGAGAAAGAUUGCCAAUGCUGAGCAGCGAUUGAUUGAUUUGAAGUCUCAAUCUGGCCAGCAAGAGGAGAAGUUGAAACGGCUCUCCGACCAUUCAUCCAAAGCCUGGGAAUGGAUAAAGCAGAAUCAAGACAAGUUUGACAAGCGUGUGUAUGGGCCUCCAAUUGUGGAAUGCUCUGUCAAAGACCCAAGGUAUGCCAGUGCUGCCGAGUCUCUUCUACAAAGAAAUGACUUUAUUGCUUUUACAACACAAUCCCGGGAGGAUUUCAGAAAGCUACAGCGGUUUCUAAACCAGGAGCUGGGUCUACACGAUAUAAGUAUAAAGACAUGUACCGUGUCGCUGUCCAGCAUGUCAUCUCCGGUAACCGAUGAAGAGCUUCGCUCGCUGAGAUUUGAUGGCUGGGCAAAAGACUAUCUAGACGGCCCAGAACCUGUUCUAGCGAUGCUGUGUAGUGAGAAUAGGUUCCAUCAAACAGCCGUCACUUUAAGGGACAUUUCAGAUGAGGAAUAUCGGAAGCUGGAGAGAGGGACCAUAACCACCUGGGUUGCUGGAAAGCAAGCUUAUCAGGUCAUCCGCCGUCAUGAAUAUGGCCCAAGCGCAACAACCACCAGAGUAAGGCAAUUAUGGCCUGCUCGGAUCUGGACUGACACUCUUGUCGAUUCCUCUUCCACUGAACGAGACCUGAUGAACUGCAUUUCGGAAUGGAAACAAGAGCUGAGCGAGAUACUUACUUCCGGUGAGGAAGAAAGGAGUACGCUGCAGCGAUUAAAGGGUGAAAGAGACGCAGCUUCUGGUGAAAAGGACGAACUUGAAAGGGAAAAAGCAGAGAAACAAUCAGCAAUGGUGAACUAUAACGCUCUCCCAACGAAGCUUGCCCAACAAAAAGAGAAACUGAAAGUAUGCAAUACUCGGGUAGAGGGUAUUAGAGAUCGAGUUGAGGCAUUGCGAGACAAGCAAGAUGAGCUUGCUGUCGAGAAAGCCGCAGUGGCUCUUGAGUACUCUGCUGCGGUGGUAUCUCUCGCCAAAACACUUGAGGAAGUGGCUCGUGUGGAAAUCCUUGCAAUCGAAGCCAUGUCUGACGUGAGCACGUUAGAGGAAAGGAAUGCUGAGUAUACCGGUGAGCUCAGCGAGAAGACAGCAGCAGUCGAACAGGUAGUGCGAAAACUAGAUGAAUUGCGAGAUAAGCUCCGAACGUCAAAAGCAGAAGUUCGAGCCGUUGUUUCUCAGAUGGGUUCGACCCCGGGACUGAGAGAGGUCAGCGAAGAGGUCAAGGACCACACCAUCGAGCAACUAGAAGCAGACAUCGACUCUGAGAAGGCCAGGCUUGAGCUGACGCACGAAGGAAGCGGCAAUGUCAUUCAAGAGUUCGAACAACGACAACUCCGCAUCGACCAGUUGAAAGAACAGCUCAGCUCGUCAGAAGAGAGACUGGCUGCGAUUGAACAGUCGAUCAAGGAGAUACGAAGCGAGUGGGAACCACGGCUGGAUGCAAUCGUGUCUAAGAUCAGUGAUGCAUUCGCAGACAACUUUGCACGUAUUGGAUGCGCAGGACAGGUAUCGGUUGAUAAGAAUGAAGGAGCCGGAAACGAUGCUGGGCCCGGAAGCGAUUUCGACCAGUGGUCCAUCAAAAUACAGGUCAAGUUCCGAGAACACGAAGAGCUAUCCAUUCUUGACUCGCAUCGGCAAUCUGGUGGUGAGCGAGCAGUCAGCACUAUCUUCUACCUCAUGGCGCUGCAGUCACUCUCUGCCUCGCCGUUCAGGGUAGUCGACGAGAUCAACCAGGGCAUGGACCCUCGCAAUGAACGUAUGGUCCACGAACGCAUGGUUGAUAUUGCCUGUGGACAAGCCGAUUCAGGCACCACUGGCGGACAGUACUUCCUGAUUACGCCGAAGCUGCUUGGUGGACUGGUAUACAAGCCCGGCAUGACGGUGCUGUGUAUUUUCAGCGGCGAGUUCAUGCCCGAGGAUUAUACGCAGCUGGACUUUCAGCGGUGCGUGUUACGAAUGAAGGAAGUCAAGGCUCAGCAGGGACUGUCAGAGAAGGCCCGGGGUAAGAGGGCGAUGGUAGGGUGA